GUUACCAACCACAGAGCGCUUUGGCCACUACAUGGUAACUGAUUAAAUAAAUAAAUAAAAAAAGCAGCGAAAACAAAAACUAGAAACAUUUAAUUUCAGUUUUUUCCCUCAAAGACAUGACAUCUUCGCAGAGAAACCAGAAAGACGUCAAGCCGGUAAUUAUAGACACCAAACAGGAUAUGGAUGAUGUCCACCAAGCGCUAGAAAAGCUGAGGGGACUGUCUCAGGAGGAGCGGACCGAGGCAGGGAUGCUGCGCUCCAGAAUAGAUGAGCAGUCCAGCCUGAUCUGCUUGCUGAAGCAGCGGGCCGAUGAGAUGCUACUUCGCUGUCAGGCUCUGGAGCGGGUCAACACCGAGCUGCAGAACCUGCGAGUCAGCAUGCAGACGGAGCUGCAGAACGAACGGGAGAAAUCAGAGCAGCUGGAGCAGAGGUUCAUGGACCUCGCCUCCAAUCACAGAGAGCUGAUCAACUUCAAGGAUGAAUACAAGCGGAAGAAUGUCGAGCUGAUGAAGGAGAACAAGAGACUACGAGAGGAGAAUGAAAAGUUGUUCAGCAAAGAGCUGCAGGAGAAAGAGGAGACCAUUCGCAAACUCUCCCAAGAGUUGAUUGACCUUAAUGAAAAACACAGACACUCAGAAAAAGAAUACCAGGACAAAGCUACGGUUUUCCAGCUGAAAUGUAAGGAGUUGAUGGAUCUCCAUCAGACCAAAGAGGCUUCUUUGCAAGAUAAACUGCACAACACUCAGAAAGAGCUAAAGAAUACAGUAGACAUGCAUGCAGAUGUGGUUUUAAAACUUAGGCAAAGUCAGGAAAGAGCGACACUGAAAGAAACAGAGGCAGAAGAGAGGUUUGAAGCACUUACGAAGGAGAAGGAUGAGCUACUGGAGCUAUCCAUGCAAAGAGGGAAAAUUAUACAGGAUAAACAAGAGGAAAUUCAAGAGUUAGAAAAGAAGAAGAAGGAGGCAGAAAAUGCUAGACAGGAAGCAGAGGACAGGUUUGAAAGAGAAGCUGCUGCAGUGAAUGCAGAACUGAGAGUAAAGCAGCUUCAGCAUGCUCUCGAGAAAGCAGAGCAGACGUGCAGUGAUCUGAAGAAGGAGUUCGAGGCAUAUAAAAAGUACAGCAGUGACUUGCUGGCACAGGAAAAGGAGUUAAACGCCAAACUUCGUCACAUGAUCAACUGAGCUCUCUACACAUAUUUCUAAGCUUAUCCAUUUCUUCUGUCAUGAAAGUGUGUGUGUGUGUGUGUGUGUGUGUGAGAGAGAGAGAGAGAGAGAGAGAGAGAGGAUGAUAAAAGAGGAGGAUCUCUGUAAAAGCAGUAUUAACAUUGAUGAGUCCUGAUGAAAGAAGACUAACUGUUAACCUCCACUAGAGGGCAAUAACACUGUUUGUUCAACAGUUAUGUGUUUAGGUAACAGUUUAGUUAAAACCUUGUAUGUGUGUAUAAGCUACCAAAUAAUAAGCCUAACAUCAGUUUGCUAUUUAGAAAAGUCAUAUGGUGCAGAUCAAAUGACAAACCCACACACUGACUAAACUUCAGGCAAAGUCUGAUGAAAAGUUAGAAAAGGGAAAAUAAAAGGAGAGUAGGUAGCUCGCUUUAUUAAUACAGUAAACUGUGUUUUUCAGAUGGGGGCAGAGGUUUUUUUUUUAUCGGUGGUUAUAUUUUCUGGACAGUCAUAGCAAAAAAAUUAAUUCAUUAAUUCAUGUUCAGUAACUGGUCAUCUGGAACCUAUCCCAGAAACACUGGGCACAAGGCAGGAAUUCACCUUAGAUUGGAUACUAGUCAAUCAUAGGGCAUCAUGCAUACGCCCACCCACACACACACACACACACACACACACACACACACACACACACACUCUGUCACACAUAGGGGCAAUUUAGAGUAGCCAUUCCAGCUACUAGCAUGUUUGUUAGGAGGUGGGAUGAAACCAGACAACCCAGAGUAAACUGAUUACGGGGAAGACACGUGAAACAGAUCAUAUUGGGAACACUAGAGUUGGUUGCAACGCUACCUGUUGAAGUGCAUAAAAUAUAUUAAAUAAAAUGUGUUAAAAUCUUU